AUGUUAAGGGGUGGCGGGGCAUGUACUUCUUAAACUAAAUAGCAAUCUCUUUCAAUCAGCUCAUUAUAAAUUUCUAAUCAAUUUGAGAAUGUUAUCUCUAGUAAUGUCUUAUUGUUAUCAAAAAAUGCUGAGGAUUUUAACAAUAAUUAUACAUAACUUUACAAUAGUCUUUAAAUAUUGUUAUCACUUGAUUAAGAACUAAAUAAUCUCACAAAAUCAAGGAAUCAACUCAAUAAAUAGGUUGAAUAUUUAGAGAAAUGGCUUACAGAAGUUCUUGAAUCAUGUUUGAAAUUAAAGAACCCAUAACUACGAUAUUUAGCACUCCAAUUUGCUCAAAAACUGUCUAGAACUAUAUUUUGGUAUUAUUGUUAAGCAAAAUCAAUUAAAGAUAGAAUGCAGUAAUAAUAUAUUUCAACUUUAAAUAAAAUUGAGUCUUAAAAUAAUGCUUUAGACAGUUUUUACAAAAGUAUGAUUGACUAUGAAAUAAUGGUAUGUAAGAUGAUAUUUGUUAUUUUACCAAAUGAUAUAUAAGAAGGCUUGGAAGUUAUGGCUUUAUUUACAAGUUACAAUCAAAUUCUAAUGACUACUCUUCCAAAAUCAACUUAAGAUACUAUAAAAAGUGGAGUUGUUUAAUCAAUUAGAGAUGCUACAAAAGUUUAAUACAGAAAAAUCUAUAAAUAAAUUUUUAAUAUAGAUACAAUGAAGUGGUGGGUCAUAUAAGAACUUCGAUAAAAUAAUCAUUCAGCAAAAGAAAUAAUUUUAGAAUUACAUAAUUUUCAUAAAGAUAUAUCAAAAUCUGAUUAUUAUGUACAUUAUGCUUGGAUAUAAGCUAUAAGUGAUAUUGUAUCAUAUGCUCCAAUAAUAUCUGAAGAUUAGAUAUAAAUAAAUAAUUAAGAUCUAUAAGAUUUGAUUGAUAUGGGAUGUUUAUACAAAAUAAAGAAUGAUUAUCGUGUGACACUUAACUUUAUUAAAAUAAGAAAUCAACAUUGUCAAUAAAUAUAUGAAAAAAUACCAUAUUUUACUAUGAUUAAAUAAAUAUAAACUUAGAUUAUUUCUUAAGAUAAAUUCUUUAAUUCUCUUUAUAAGAAAAAAGAAGAAUAAAAAGAAUUAUAAAAAUAGGAUUAAGAAACAAAAAGUGUAUUUGAAUAUAUUUUUUAAUUGUUUGUUGAGAUUGAUAUUGAAGCUAAUAUUGAUUUGAUUAAAAAAGUAAAUUAAAGUUAUAUUGAAUUAAAUGAGAAUAUCACUUUAAUUAAAUAAUUAAGUUUAAAUAAAUGGAUUAGAAUGUUAGAAAAGAAAUCUUAUGAUGAUCCUGUAGUAUUUGGGGAAUUUGAAGAAAAAUAAAAAUAAAUUAAACAUUUGAUUAAUUAAGUUAAAGGAAUUUAAAGGUUUUUAAUACAUUUUGAUUUUAUACUAUUAUAAUGGAAUAUAAUGGAAUAAAUAGCUAAUUCUGAAGGGAAAUAAACAUAAUUAUAAUCAAUAUUCUUAGAAAAUUAAUAAAAUUAUUUAGAUUGUCAUUUAAUAAGUAAAAUAAAUUUAGAAAAUUUAAAGGAUAUUCAAUUAUUAAAUAUUAAUUUUGAUGUUUACUUUUCAAUAAUAACAGAAUAUAUAGAGAAACAAUAUUAAACAGUUAUAAAAGUUGUUUAAACAAUUAGAUCAACAGACCCUAUUAUUUCAUUAUAUAAAUAAAAUAAAGAUGUUACUGAUAUUGUUUAAAGUAGUUUAAGAAAAGUGAAUGAUAAAAUAAUUCAAUUUAAAAAUGCUUUUAUGCGCAUUUCUUUAAAAUUAAAAUAAGUAGAUUUUAAUUGUAUUUAACAAUUUUAUCUUGUAUCCCUUAGAUUAUAAUAUUUAGAAUUUCCAAAUUAAUAAUUUGAAUUUAGAAAUUAAGAUCAUAAAAAUUUAUUUUAUAUUUAAGGAUAUGAAAAAUAAAUAAUAAAGAGUUAAUUGAUUGAAUUACACAAAGAAUUUAGAGAGUUAUUUACAAGUAGUUAAUUUUAAGAUUAUGAAUAAGCUAAAGUUUAUAUAAGAUCAAUUUAAUUUAUUAGUAAAACAAUUGAUAAUUUGUUAAAUUAAAAUAAGAAGAUAAUUUAACAUAUUCAUAAUUAUAAAUUGUCUAUAUAAAUAGAUUAUGCAUAUGAUUAUUAUAAUGAUUUAAUAAAUUAAUGGAAUACAAUAUUUGAAAUGGCAGAAGAAUUGGAUUAUCAAAAAUAUGACUAAUCUUUUAUUUAAAUAAAAUAUGAUGAAUUAAAAAAGAAUUAUGAUUCUAUUUGUUAAAUUAAUAUAUCUAUAAGAUGGCCACUUAAUCCUUAAUUAGCUUCAUAUUUCAAGAUGUAAAAUUAAUUAGAAGCAUUAAUUCAAGAACUCUAAAUUUAUUAAAGUUACAAUCUUAAUUAAGAUUUAAACUCUUAAUUUAGGUAUUAAAGUAUUAUUACAAAUAUUAAAUAAAUAUGUCUAAGUUAAGUGUAAAAAGUUAAGUCUAUUCUUGAAUAAUAUACAUAAGGAGUUGAUUAAUUAUCAAAUCGAUUAGAAAAUUAUACUAAUUUUUAAAUUGAAGAAUUAUAAAACUUAUUAACUAGUGUACAAGAAGCUUUAGAUGAUACUUUAAAUGUAGUUUAAUCUAGAAUAUUAACAUCCAAUUAAACUUCAACUAGUGGAUCAAUAAACAUAUUGUAAAGUAAUAAAAAAUAAGAUUUUGAGACAUUUUAUAAUUAUAAAUUUAAUACAGAAACUAUUAUUGUUAUGUAAUUUAUAAAAUUUAAUUUCAAUUUUAUAGAUUAAAAUGCAAUUUUAGAAAUACUCAAAUCAAAUCAAAAUGAUUUAGAAAAUUUGCAUGUUGUUUAAUCAGCUAUGGAAUCUCCAAUAAUAAGAUAAAUUAUGAUUGUUAAUUUAAUAAAUGUUUGGAAUUGUUGUUUAGUAGAAGAAGAUUUUUGUACGAUUAGUAAAUUAAUUUUAUAAAUUCGAUUAAAUGAAACUAAUAUAUUAAUUAAAAGAGAAAUUAAAUCAACUUAUAAAAAAGAGCUUAAUUAAAUUGUUAAUAAUUAACUAUAAAGUGAAUUACCAUUUUUUGAGUUAGAUUUAAGAUAAAUGAUUUAAGAAAGAAAUUCAUUAUAUUUUUAAAUUAAAUAUGAACCAACCUUUGAACUUUCUUAAAAAUUAGAAGAAAAGAUCAAUAAAUUAACAAAUCAAAUAUAAACAAGAAUUUAAAAUUGUUAAGAAUUGGAAUAAGAAUAUCAUAUUAAUAUACCAUUUUGUAAUCAAUUAUUGUCAGAAUUUGAAAAAAGUUACUAAGGUUCUUAAUCUUUAGAAAUAUAAGAGAUUAGCUUUUAUUAAGGAAAAUCAAUUACAGAAUUAUUUUUAUUAAGAAUGGAUAAUAUUUCAAGAAAAAUAAAAAUUUCUUAAGUUAAAAAUACAUAUGUUGAAUUUGAAUGUUAAAAUAAAAAUUAAAUUAGAUCAUUAUUUUCAUAAAAAGAAAAAAGAAAUAGUACUAUUGAUAGAUUUUUAGAUGAUUUAUAAUAAGAUCAAUUAUUAUUAUUAUAAGGAGAAUCAGGAUCAGGAAAGAGUUUAGCAAUUAAAAUGAUUGAAGAAUACGUUUGGAAAAGAAAUGAUCCUAUUAAAAUAAUUCCAAUAAUUGUUAAAAUAUCAUAAUUGAAAGAUCCAAUUAAUAAUGCUAUAAUUGAAACUUUAAGAUCCUUAAAUUAUAAAUUAAAUGCUUCAUAAAUUGAAUAAUUACAAACUCAUAUUAAAUCUAAUAAAAUGCAAAUGCUAUUUAUAUUUUAAGGUUAUGAUAAACUUAAUCAAAAUUAAAAAUGUAUUAAUUUUCUUAAAUCCAAUAAUUUAAUUUAAUGGAAUACACCUUGUUUAUAGAAUACUCCAAAAUAUAUUAUUGUAACAAGAAGUGAAUAAUUUAAAAAUCCUAAUCAUUUACGUUGGAUUGAUUAAAAUGAGUUAAAUUAUAAAAUUAAAAAUUAUUGGAAUUUAAAAAUAAUUCCUUUUGAUUUUGAUUAAAUUAAUUAAUUUUUAAUUUAAUAUUAGGAAAUAAGUAUAAGAAAUGUUGUUAUGGAUUUUUAUUAACUUAUGUGUGAAUUUCCACAUUAAGAUUUAUUGAUUUAUAAUUUUAUCUCUUUUUGGAAAAAAAUUAACUUUAAUUUUAAUGAAUAGAGUUUAGGAAAUAUAUUACUCUCUUAACCAAUAAUCAAUAAAUUAAUCAUUACAUUAUAAUAAGAUACAAAUAUUAAAAAUUAUAAAGGUUCUAUUACAUAAUAAUUAUCUUCUUAAUUAGGAUAAUUAAAAUCAAGUUAUUAUUAUAGUAAAAUGUUGGAAACUCUUUAAUUUGAAUAACCAAUUGAUAAUCCAUAAAUCUUAAAGGUUUUUAUUAAUGCAUUACCAAAAUUAAUGUAAAAUUUGAUUGACAUUCCUAAAAUUAAAAAUUAAUUUUUUAAUGUCUUUUUUUGUUAAAAUUAUUAAAGUAUUUGUGAUAUUAGUGAAGCUAAUAAUGAAUUAGAAAAACAUUGGAAUCAAUUGAUUAAUAGUUAAUUUUUUAAAAUGUAUACCAUAGAUUAUUCAAUAGCAAAAGCUAAAUUAACAAUAAACUAAUUAUUUUAAAAUGAUAAAACAUUGAUAAAUAAAAUAAUAAAAGCAUUUGAAAAAAUAUAAAUUACACAUUAUGAUCUAUAUGAAGAAUACAUGAAUUAUUACUUUGAUAAGUCUGUUAUUAAUUCUGAAUUACAAGAAUAAGGGAUUGAUAACAUAACAUUUAGAGAGGAAUAAUGGAACUUUUGUUUAAAUUUAGCAUAAUAAUUAGCUUUUAAUGAAAUAUAUUCAAUCAAAUUGAAUAAUUAAAGUUCAUCAAAGGCAAUAGGAUCUGUAACUGAUUUAUAAAUAAUAUUGCAUGAUGAUAUAUAUUCAAUAAAAGAUACUCUUAUUACAAAAAAGUAUUAAAGAAACUCUCUUCCUUUAAUAGAACAAUUUUCAGUAUAUUCUUUUGAAAGCAAAAUAAUUUAAGAAUUCUUAGUAGCUAAAGUAAUUAUAAAAUAAAUUGAAUCAAUAGAUGUUAUUCCAAUUAAUGAACUAUUUGAUAAUAGUAUACUUAAAAUUAAAAAUUUAUCAAAUCCAUUUUAUAUAGGAACUGUCAAUUUUAUUAUUUAAAAAUUAAAAUCAAAUUUUUAUUCCAAGAAGAAUUUAAUGAAGAUGAUAUAAUUAUCAUCAAAUAAUCCUGAUUUCUGUCAAUUAUCAUCUAAUGCUUUUUUUUUAUUAAUUUAAUUGGAUAGAAUUAUUAGAGGAGCUAAUCUUAUGAAUAUAAAACUAAAAGACAUUUAAAUAGAAGAUUGUUAUUUAUAAGAUUGUAAUCUUAAUGGAUGUGAAUGGAAUAAUAUAAGUAUAAAGAAUCUUACAUUAACAAAUAACAAUAUGUAGAAUAUGAUUUGUACAAAUCUUAAAUUAGCCUCAUAUUUUAUAAGAAAUAAUUUAAAAGAUCACCUUUUUGUUAGAAUAUUUUAAUCUGGUAAACUUUUUAUUAUUUAUAAAAAUGCAAUUAAAGAUGUAUAUGGUAAUUUAAUUAUUAAUGGUAAUUUUGAAAAGUGUUAAAUAUAUAAAAUAGGUAAUGAUUUUUAUAUUACAACAUAUAAUUAAUUUUAUCUUCUAAAAGAAUAUAAUAAUUAAAUUAAACAAUAUUAAUUUAAUAUUGGUAAUGUCUAAUCAGUAACAUAAUUUGAUUAAUAUAUUAUGCUAUUAUAAUUGAUAACAUCUUCUGAUGCUAAAAUAUUCUAAUAUAAUCCAAUCAAAUAAGAAAUCUAAUUUCAAAUUCCUAUAUUAGUCUAAGAUAUUAUCAAAUAUAAUAUUAAAUAGUUUUAUGAGAUGCAAGGUAAUCUUAUAGUUUUUUUAACAUAAACUUAAUUAGUGUAAAGCAUGCAUUAUUAAAUUGAAGAAGGAUAAUUAUCCUUUGAUAAUUUAACAGUUCAUACUACCUUAGAUAAUAUAGAAUGCAUAAAUUAGAUAAAAUAUUAUUAAGAUUUAGAUAUCACUGUUGUUACAAAGUAAACAAUAGAUACUAAUAAAGAAUAUGAUAUAAUUUAUGGUACCUUUAAUUAAUUGAUUGGAAAAUUUAUUAUAAUUGAAAAUUAAAAAAAUUAGUUUUUAUAUUUAAACAACACAAAUUUAUAAUUAAUUAGUUAGGAAACAUUUAAAAUGAUAAGUGAAUGUGAAUUGAAUGAAAAUACUUAACAUUUAUAAAAAAAUCAAUGUUAUUUAAUAGAUAAUGAUACGAUGUUGUUAACAUUUUAAGAUUCUUUUUUAAUUUUGAGUUUAUAACCUUUUGAAGUAAUUAAACAAAUUAAAAUAAGAACUAAUGAUCUCAUAAUAAAUUAGGAAUUAAAUAAUAUUUAAUUAUUGACUAAGUCUGAACUUCUUUGUAUUGAUAUACCUUAUAUUUAAGAUAGAUAAGAUAAAAUUAUAAAUUCAGCAUUUUAAUUAGAUAUGGUUUAUUUUGUUUAAAAUUCUUUUAAUUUUUUAGCUAAAAUGAGUAAAUCUUCUGAUAUUUAUAUAGGAAUGUUGAAGAAUAACAAUUUUGAAUUUCAAAAUUUAUGUCAAUCUGAUUAUCCUUAAUUUUAUUUAAAUAAUGAUGAAAACUAUGCAAUUAUUAAUAAAAAUAAUGAAACUGUAUGUUAUGAUCUAAAAUCAAAUACAAAAAUGAACUAUGUUGCAUUAUUGUAUGAUAGAAUCUUGUGGAUUAAAGAUAACUAAAAUUUCUUUUAUUUAUAACAUGUUUACUUAGAAGAAUUUAGAAAUUCUUUGAUUACUGUAAAGAAUAAGAUCAUUAAUAAAUAGUCUUACAGAUAAAUUAAAUCAGUUUAAAGCACAGAAAAAAGAUUAUUUAUAACUACUACAACAAAUGAAACUAUUGUGUUAAAUCAAUAAUUUUAAUAGGAAUACAUUACAACUAAAUAAAUGAUUAAAAAGUAUAGAGAAUUCUAUAUAACAAACCAUGAUCUUAGAUAUGAGAGUAAUAUAAGAAAUACUAUCAGAAUUAUAUAUGAUUCAAAAAAUUAAAUUAAAGAUUUUUGGAUAUUUUCAGAAACAAUAUUAAUUAGAGAAUAAGAAGAUAAUAAUGAAAUGAAUACUUUAGUAUUAUUGAGAAAAUCAGAUAAUUUAAUAUUGACUAAAAUUUAAAUUUAAAUUGAUCAUAUUGUUUAUACAGAUAAUGUUAUAUAGAUUAUUAGUCAGAAAAUUUUAUGGUUAACAUAUUCAGCAAAAGAUUUUUAAUAGCUACAAUCUAACAUAUUAAAUAUUAACUCAAUUUAAAUUUCAUCAAAUAAUUUAGAUUAAAUUGCUAUUGUUUCUACUUUUUCAGAAAUUACUAUUUGGAAUACAAUUACAUAUUAAAUUCAAUAAAGUUUAAAAAAUAUAGAACUAAUAUAAUAUUUUAAAAUGAUACCAAAUAAAGAUAGACAAUUUUAUGUUGCUGAUAGAGAUGUUUUAAAAUUUUACAAUCAAAAUUAAGUUAGGUUUACAAUUUAAUUAAUAAAAAAAAGAAUAUAAAUUGUAACUAAUACAUGGGGUGCUAUUCAUCAUAUUUAUUAAGUAGAAGAAGAUAAAAUCACAUUAAAUAGUAUGAAUGAGGAUUGUAAAAUAAUUAAUUGGAAAAAAGUAGUAUUUGAAUUAGAUUCAAUAAGAGAAUAAAUAGAUUGUAUUGAUAAUCAAGAUUAAAAAUUAAUAUUUUUUAGUGGAUAAAAACUAUAAUAAAGUAAUUUUGAUUCAUUUGAUGUAAUAAAGAGUUUAACAUUUCCAGAUUCUUUUAAGGCUAUUUAAAUAAAAUAUAAUCAAGAUUGCUCUUUAAUAAUAUUAAGAUCUAAUGAAAAAAUUAUUAUUGUAGAAGCAUAAGGUUUAAAAAUUAUGAAUUAAAUAACAUUUAAUGAAAUUUUUCUAUCAUUUUUUGAUUAUGCAUCUUAACUUGAAAUCUAUGUAUAAGGACAAAAUAAUUUGAUUUUCAAACAAGUUAAAGAUAUGCAAAAUUUAAUUUAUACUUAUUCUUUAACUUCUAAAAAAUUAGAUUUAAUUAAUAUAAGCAAUGAUGAAUUAAUGAUAGGAUCUAAUUCUUAAGGUCUAAUCAUAAUUAAUAAAUAAACUGGAUCUAUUGAAUUAUACAAUCCAAUAAUUAUAGAAACUAAAUUUAAUUCUAUAUCAUAUAUCAAAACAAUAGAACAUAAUGUAUCAAUGCUUGCCAAAUGUUAAUUAUAUGGUAAUUAACUACAAAAUUGUAAUAUAACUCUUAAUAAUCAAACUAAUAUUAGUGAUAUUUGGAGAAAUAUCAUAUCAGAUAAAUGA